AUGCCGGAAUUUCCAGAAGCCUUUGUGGCAUGUAUUGCGCAAGCUCUCCGCACGACGCAGGUUCUCAAUGUGCUUUGGGGCUACUGCCUCUUCAAUGUCUAUGGCGUUCUAUCUGUCAUCAUGGCGAACCACUCGCUUCUGCACCCGACGAAACUUGAACUUCCGCCGCAUUUCAUUCUUGCUUCGGACCAAGCGGUGCUGCCGCCUUGGAGACCCGGCCGGGGAACAGGCUUGUUCAAAUCUAGCAGAGACUUGAUCGUGGUCCCAAAAUCCCACAUAUUGUUGGAAGCCUACAUGCGGCUGUAUGCCCGGGAUUUUGGGAAGCCUGUGGGCAAUUUCGGCAUGGCCAUGAUCUGUUGCCUGGAAGGGUACGUUGACUCGGACGGGCUGUUGGACAUCCAACAGCUCCCCGCGCCGCUCAAGACUUUGUAUGUGGAGCUACGCGAUGGCCGGAAACCGGGUCGUCAGUGGACCAUCGAGCUGAGAGACGCGCUGGCACUUCCCGAGCUGAACCGUUUUUCAAAUUGA